AUGGCACAACAUAAAAUGCCAUUGACAGCAACUGAGCUAAGCCAAUUGAACGGUAAUGAUUGGAAUUCAGAAUUUCUUUAUCGACUAUUACGAGCAGCUGCUGACGCUGAUAUUGUUAGAGAAAUCAAUGUCAAUGAUACGAAUUAUGAAACUGUUGGUAAUCCAGAACAUGAAAAUCGUUUUCAACUCACUGAUAAUGGAUUAUUUUUAACCAGUAAUCAUCCUUCGAAAGCUCGAGACUUGAUUCGUCUAGAAUUAGGUCCUACUACGCAUAAGCCGUCUGUAUACACUCCUAGUUUAAUCCAACAUGGUUUUAAAUACGGAAAUGGAUUUGAACAAGCCUUUGGGUGUAGUCUUUUCGACUAUCUGAAAAAAGAAGAAAAUAAAGAAUAUUCAACUAUAUUUGACAAUGCCAUGAUUACAUAUUCAAAUUAUUGCACAGUGUCAAUUGGUUCAUUGGUUGAUUUCUCGCGCUUUGAAAAAAUAGUCGAUGUUGCUGGUGGCUUAGGAACUUUGUUAUCGAUUAUACUCGAGAAACAUCAAAAAGUAAAUGGUAUUGUAUUUGAUUUAGCCCACGUAAUUGAAAAUGCACAGAAACAAAGUCCAAAUGAAUUUCAACAAAAAAAAAUUGAAUCCAACCGCUAUCAAUUUGUUUCAGGUGACAUGUUCAAACCAGAAACAAUACCACAAGCUGAUUCUUAUGUAUUGAAAUUUAUCAUUCAUGAUUGGAAUGACGAAGAUUCUAUAAAAAUAUUAAAGUCGAUACGUGCUGCAAAUAAAAGUCGUGAACAGAAGCUCAUCACAAUUUUCAUAGUAGAAAUGAUUCUUCUGCCGAAUAACAAGGAUAAUUGGGUAGCACGAGUUAUGGAUAUUGAAAUGUUAACAUUUCUGAAUGCUAAAGAAAGAACAAAAGCUGAAUACAUACAAUUAUUGAAAGAAAGUGGCUAUGAAUUUAAGGAACUAUAUAGAACUGAUGGACCUUAUUCAAUUAUAGAAGCAAUAACAAUGACUGAUAUACUUAAUUGA